AUGAUAAGACACCAAGCUGAAAGUGUGAUUGAACGCCGUGGCAUUACCAUCCAGGAUUUGGAGACUAUUUAUAAUGUCACACAUACUUUAAAAGUCGGCGUCCUAGGCGCGACGGGAACAGUCGGCCAGCGCUUCAUCUCUCUCCUCGGGAACCAUCCAUUCUUUGUCGUACACGCCCUAGGCGCCUCAGCACGAUCCGCAGGCAAGCCCUACGAACAAGCAUGCAACUGGAAGCUAUCCUCCCCGAUCCCGAGUUAUGUUAAGGAUAUCGUAGUCAAUGAAUGUGUGCCACGGCAUUUUGGGGAGUGUGUGGUAGUGUUUUCGGGGUUGGAUGCGGAUGUUGCUGGGGAUAUCGAGACGGAGUUUCGAGCAGCUGAACUCGCUGUGUUCUCCAACUCAAAGAACCACAGAAGGGAUCCAGACGUCCCCUUACUCGUCCCACUCGUCAACCCAUCCCACCUCGCUGUCAUACCCUACCAACGGUCCCUACACUCGCCACCUCUCCACCGGGGGUUCAUAGUGACGAAUGCGAAUUGCUCUACGACGGGGAUAGUUAUCCCUCUUGCUGCUUUGGAACGCGCCUUUGGGCCUUUGGACGCUGUGUUGGCGACGACGAUGCAGGCGAUUAGUGGGGCUGGGUACCCUGGUGUUCCGUCACUUGAUAUACUGGAUAAUAUCGUUCCCUACAUCUCGGGCGAAGAAGAGAAAAUGCAGUGGGAGAUGCUUAAAAUCCUUGGAGGUGGCAGUAAUACCAGCGCUGGCACACCGCACGCCACGCACGCCAAAAAAUUCGACAUGCACGCCUCCCACCCUCUCCGCAUCUCCGCAGCCUGUAACAGAGUCCCAGUCCUCGACGGACACACAGCAACAGUCUCAGUCCGCUUCGCCCGUCGUCCCCCUCCCUCACCUCAACAAGUCCGCGAAGCGCUCGAACAAUUCACAACUGAAGCUCGACAUCUCGGGUGUCCUUCCGCUCCACAAAUCCCUAUCGUCGUCCACGACUCUCCCGAUCGACCUCAACCUCGUUUGGAUCGGGAUUACCAAAGGGGAGCUGGGGUGAAUGUUGGGAGGGUGAGACAGUGUCCGGUGUUGGAUGUUAAGUUUGUUGUGCUUGCGAAUAAUGUGUGUAUUGGGGCUGCGACGAGUAGUAUUAUUAAUGCGGAGCUUGCGCUUGCGAAGGGGAUUAUUAGUGUGUAG